AUGAACGAAGAGCCGCAGCUGAAUUCAAUUCAGCAGAGGAUCGCCGCUCUGAACCAGUCGCAGCUGGCCCGCCCACCGGGAGCACCUGAGCCACCAUUCCUCCGCCCAACACCCGAACGGAGCGCAUCCGCCAACAAUCCACCCUCCUACGACUCUAUCGGAUCCGUGGCGGACCGAUCACAUAUUGGAAAUGAGCCGGCAGAUGAAAGGACCCAGCGGCCAGUCCUGCAGGCGCCUGCAAUGGAGACCCUCAGGCCGGACGUGAAGCCAAAGAAGAAGCCCCCUCCGCCGGUGCCCACGCGCAAAGCAGCUCCUCCACCUCCACCAGCUCGCCCUAGCUUGCCUCCGCGAAGACCAACCGAGCAAAACCGCAGACCUUCCCUCGACUCAGCCACUUCCGAUGCUUCGUAUUCAACAGCGUCGACCGCAGCUACUGUGGGGCGAGGUGCCUCAACAACCUCAGUGAACUCCACUGGGAAUGGUCGCAUAAAGGCGCCUGCAUGGGGUGAAACCGAACUACCUACGCUGCCUCCUCGGAGGCCAAAGGAGGCAAUCGCGGAACCACCACCGCGACCAACCCUUAGUAGCAAGAGGAGCUUGGGUGGCUUGUCUUCUAAAUUUACCUCAAAGUUCAACCUGCCAGGCUCCAAACCACCGCCUGUGCCAUCACCUUCCCCGAGGCCUAGUCAGCCUCCUCGUCGCGAGACGGAAGGAGAAGCCCCAGUUCCCAAACUGCCCCCGCGUCGACCAUCUGGCGUACAGGCGGACCAGAAUGGGGCAUCUCCUGAGGUAGCACCCAGCUUGCCCAUCCGGAGAACGCUACCACCGCCACCAUCGGCUGCCAAGAUACAGGAUGCUCGACAAUUCGGAUUCGGCAAUAAAAGUCCAAGCCUUCCAUCACGGCCCAGCAGUACUGCCCCUGGUGGUACACCACCGCCAAUACCGCAUGGCUCUCGUCCAGAUCUGUCCAAGAUCUUGGCUACUAAACCACGCUUCGAUGGCUCAAAUGCGCCUGCAACCCCUCCUGUCCCUGCGUCCGACGAGUGUCUAGUUUGUCGAGACUUCUCUGGCCCAGACAAUCAUGCCGCUCGCUAUCCUCGUGCAUCACUUCCCUCACACGAUAUGACGUGGUUGGCGAAUGAGCUGACUGCACCAUUCCCAUCUUUGACAGACAAAGCACGAUCAAUAUUCACAUGGCUGCAUCACAAUGUCCUUUACGAUACCCAUGCCUUCUUUAAUAAUUGUGUCAAGCCUUCUACGCCCGCCAGCACUCUAGCCACUGGUUUGGCAGUUUGUGAAGGGUAUGCAGGGCUAUUCGCAGCGCUAGCCACCCAUGCCGGGCUAGAAGCUGUCGUGGUCGGCGGCCACGGAAAGGGAUUCGGACACGUUGCUCUGGGGCCAGGAGCCUCUGUCCCUCCAUACGCAGGCAACCAUGCUUGGAACGCAGUCAAGAUCGACGGAGGCCGCUGGAAGCUAAUUGAUGCCUGCUGGGGAGCAGGAGCAAUCGAAGGUGCCGGCCAACCCUACAAGCAGCGAUUUGAGCCUGCCAUGUUCUACAUAUCAAACGAAGAGUUCGGUCUAAAGCACUUCCCCGAAAACAGGCGCCACUUCUACCGAGAAGAUGGCCGCCCAGACCUUACCUGGGAAGAAUAUGUCCUCACAGACCCAGAUCGUCCCAACGGCGUAGAAAGCCUUAAGGUCUACAGUGACGCAGACAAGCGCACCAUUGGCCGCAAAACAUUCUCACCCCAAGGCCUGCACAUCUCAGUCAGCACGCCCGGAUCAAUGCGCUUCCAGUUUGGUCUUCUUUGUCCUCAUUGGACCUUAUCCCGCCACAGCCACAUCAACAACGCUGGACUGUUCCUUCUUAUGAUUCAUGGCGUGGACGGCCGCAACGAUGACAGACUUCCCUUCACGCACGUUGCAGGAUCGGGCCCAUCUGGCGGUGGCGAGUUCUGGUAUGUUGAUGUUCCCGAUGCGCGUAUGCUUGGCGCACCAGGUCAAAAGCUGCAGUUGGCGGUCUUGACUAGCUUUGGGGAUCGGAAAGAUGCGAGUGGGGUUACAGCGCAGGAAUUCCAGGAGAAGGUCGGUCGUGUUGGCAUGGCUUGGGCUUAUGUGGCUGAGUGGGAGUUGGUUCGGUAG